CCUGCUCCUGCUAGUGAUCUAAUUGAGGUGACAGUGAAUGGAGAGCCCGUACAAAUUCCAAAGGGCUCCACGGUCAUGGCAGCUUGUUCUGCUGCUGGAGUUGAUAUACCCAGAUUCUGCUACCACCAGCGGUUAUCUAUUGCGGGGAACUGCAGGAUGUGCUUAGUAGAGGUUGAGAAGAGUCCCAAGCCUGUGGCAUCCUGCGCGAUGCCAGCAGGCCCGGGCAUGAACAUUAAGACAGACACGCCACUUGUGAAGAAGGCCAGGGAGGGUGUCAUGGAGUUCUUGCUGAUCAACCACCCGCUCGAUUGCCCUAUCUGCGAUCAGGGAGGCGAGUGCGAUCUCCAAGAUCAGUCCAUGCACUUUGGCAGCGACAGGGGGCGCUUCACGGAGAUGAAGCGAUCAGUGCAGGACAAGAACCUCGGCCCGCUUGUCAAGACAGUCAUGACGCGCUGCAUCCACUGCACGCGAUGUGUGCGAUUUGCCACAGAGGUUGCAGCAGGGGUGCAGGACUUGGGCAUGACGGGGCGAGGGAACGCGUCGGAGAUCGGCACCUAUGUGGAGAAAGCUAUGGCCUCAGAGCUGAGCGGCAACGUGAUCGACCUGUGCCCCGUGGGCGCCCUCACUUCCAAGCCGUACGCUUUCACAGCGCGCAACUGGGAGCUCAAGAGCACCGAGUCCGUGGAUGUGUCGGACGCCAUGGGGCAGAACAUCCGCGUCGAUGCGCGCGGCCUAGAGGUGAUGCGCAUUGUGCCGGUCCAGAACGAUGCUGUGAACGAGGAGUGGAUCAGCGACAAGGCCCGCUUCCAGUACGAUGGCCUCAAGAGGCAGCGCCUCAACGUGCCCCUUGUCAAGGGCCCAAAUGGGCUGGAGUCUGCGACAUGGGAGGAGGCUCUGUUGGCAGCGAAGGCUGCCAUCAGCGAGGUCAAGGGCAACGAGAUGAGCUUCAUCGCCGGCAAGCUUGCCGACGCAGAGUCUCUCAUCGCCCUGAAGGAUCUGGCAAACCGGCUGGGCAGCGGCAAUCUCAAGGUGGAGGCCGGCGCUCCGCUGCUGGACGCGGACGUGCGCAGCAACUACCUGGCCAACUCCACCAUUGCAGGCAUUGACCGCGCUGAUGUCAUCCUGCUGAUCGGCACCAACCCGCGCAUGGAGGCCCCUGUCUUUAAUGCCAGGAUCCGGAAGACGUUCCUGGAUGGCGCGCACGUGGCGCUGGUGGGAGAGGAGGUGGAUCUGACAUUCCCGGUGGAGCACCUGGGCGCGGGGCCGGACGCGCUGGCCGCCAUCCUGAAGGGCUCGCCUAUGCUGAAGCGGCUAAAGGAGGCGGCGCGCCCCGCAGUCAUCGUCGGCCCCGGCGUGCUUAAUCGUCCCGACAGCGCAGCCGUCAUGCAGCAGGUGCACGAGCUGGUGGAGAAGGCUGAGGUGGUGAAGGACGGCUGGAACGGCUACAACGUGCUCCACGACACGGCCUCGCGCGUGGCGGCCCUUGACAUCGGCUUUGCGCCGUCCGCGCGCGCCGCCUCGGCCCCGGCGCCCAAGCUGGUCUACCUGCUGGGCUCCGACGACUUUGACGCGGCCGAUGUGCCCGCAGACGCCUUUGUCAUCUAUCAGGGCCACCAUGGAGACAAGGGAGCAGCCAGGGCAGACAUUGUGCUGCCUGGCGCAGCCUACACCGAGAAGAAUGCCACCUUCGUCAACUUCGAGGGGCGGUCGCAGCGAACUAAGGCGGCGGUGCCAAGGGUGGGCGACGCAAGGAAUGACUGGGAGAUUGUGCGCGCGUUGAGCGAGCUUCUAGAGAAGCCGCUGCCCUAUGACACUGUGGAGCAGGUCAGGAGCCGGCUGGCUGACGUGGCGCCGCACUUUGUUGAGGUGGACACCGUCCAGUCACCCAUGUGGCUCAAUGGCGAAUACUUCAAGGCGUUCAAGGACCGUGCUGGCAAGGUGUCCGCCCAGGCACAGCCCUUCAGCAGCCCCAUCUCCAACUUCUUCCAGACAGACGUCAUCUCCCGCACCUCCAUUAACAUGGCCAAGGCCGCGCAUGCGCGC